AAUACAAAAUGAGCAUAUAUAUAAAUCUUUCCUUUCUCCCCAGUUUGGGAACGGAACUCUCCUCCUUCUGAGAAGCUUCAUUGCUGAAUAUCCAUGGACUGGACUCGUCUGCUUUCCACACCAAUACUCUACUAUUACUAGUCUCUCUCUACUCAAUAAUAAUCCUAUGAUUAAUUCCUGAUUUCAAUCAAUUUCUACUCAAUUUGUCAUGAGGCCUCUACAGCCGCCGCCGAAUCGGCCUAGCCGGCAACGUCGCCGCCCUGACCUAACCCUGCCGAUGCCGCAGCGAGACACCUCCCUGGCCGUCCCGCUCCCCCUGCCGCCGAGCUCCUCCCAUCUCCAAUUCGAGCAUUCGGAGCUGGAGCGCGUGAGCCGCAUCGGGAGCGGCGCCGGCGGCACCGUGUACAAGGUCCUCCACCGCCCCAGCGCCAAAAUCUACGCCCUCAAAGUGAUCUACGGCAACCACGAGGACGCCGUCCGCAACCAGAUGCGCCGCGAAAUCCAGAUCCUCCGCGACGUCGACAACCCUAACGUGGUCCGCUGCCACAACCUAAUCGACCACAACGGCGAGAUUCAAGUCCUGCUGGAGUACAUGGACAGGGGAUCGCUGGAGGGCACGCACAUCCGCAACGAAUCCUCCCUCUCCGACCUCGCCGGCCAGAUCCUCUGCGGCCUGCACUACCUCCACCGCCGCAAAAUCGUCCACCGCGACAUCAAGCCCUCCAAUUUGCUCAUCAAUUCGCGAGGGGUUGUGAAAAUUGCCGAUUUCGGAGUGUCGCGAAUCCUGGCGCAGACCAUGGACAACUGCAAUUCGUCGGUGGGGACGAUUGCGUACAUGAGCCCCGAGCGAAUCAACACCGAUCUCAAUCACGGGAGAUACGACGGAUACGCCGGCGAUAUCUGGAGUUUGGGGGUCAGCAUUCUGGAAUUCUAUUUGGGGAAAUUCCCCUUUUCCGUGGGGAGGCAGGGGGAUUGGGCGAGUCUAAUGUGCGCGAUUUGUAUGUCGCAGCCGCCCGAGGCGCCGGCCACGGCGAGCCGGGAGUUUAGGGAUUUCAUUGCUUGUUGCCUGCAAAGGGAUCCGGCAAAGCGGUGGACGGCGCCUCAGCUAUUGAGGCAUCCCUUCAUCGCUAAUCGUUACAUCCCCUCUGGAACCAACUGUGCUGCCCCUCGUUAGAUCAUGUUUAGGAUUGUGGUAGACAUUGCUGGAUACUUAAUUAAAAUCUGUUUUGGACAUUGCAUUGCAUCAUCAUGUCUUUGUCUUUGUGGAAAAGAAGAAGAGAUAAUGAAUGAUAAGCACCAUAUUCCUUUUGCCUGUCAUGGAAUCCUUAUCCUCCCUCUGAGAUUGAGGAUCGGAUCGCAUCUCUUUUGCUAUAUUUGUAUGAAGAUGUUGGUAUUUCCACUUUAUACAAUCCACUAAAUCUUGGUAUU